GAAGCCGCGUCUCCAUAGUCUCAUAAUAGCAAAAAUCUCGUGCCUCACAAGUCACAAGUCACAACAGCCACACCACACCCAACUCACCGGCGGGCGGCGGCGGCGGCGCGCUCGUGGCGAUCCCGAUAGUCUCCGCCUCUCCGGCGGCAGAUUCGCAGUCAGCGGCAUGGACAUGGAGGAGGGCCUCAACGCCAAGAGGGGUGCCGCGGUGGACGGCCUCCCCGACGAUGUCCUCGUGGAGAUCCUCUCCCGCGUCCCCGCGAGGUCCAUCCACCGAUUCAAGUGCGUCUCGAAGCCCUGGCGCGACCUCAUCGCCGACCCCCUCCACCGCAAGCGGCUCCCCCAGACGCUCGAAGGCUUCUUCUGCAGCGACGGAUCCGGAUUCGACGGGCGCUUCAUCAGCCUUCCGGGGAGAUCCGCGCCUCCCGUCGACCCUUCCUUCUCCUUCCUGACGAAGCUGUCCGGGCUCAUCAAGGUCUUGGGUUCCUGCAAUGGGCUCCUCCUCUUUGAGUACGGCUGGAAUCCCGCCACGGCCUACGCCGUGUGGAACCCCGCCACAGAGGAAUGGGUGGCCGUGCCCAACGCUGGCCGUCCCUCUCAUGAUCCAGUAUUAGAAGAGCGCACCUAUUUGAUUUUCGAUCCAGCCGUAUCGCCGCACUUCCACUUGCUCUAUAUCUGGCAGAAGGAUUUCCUGUGUGAGAUUGAGGUGCGUACCUACUCGUCUGAGACCAGGGUGUGGAGUGACCGGGCAAGCCAACAGAGGCGAUGGCAAGAUGAAGGUGACUGGAAACAAUGGGUUAAUAAUGGUGGAGCCAUACUGACAUCAACUGGUGCCUGUGUUAACGGCAUGGUGCAUUUAAUCAUCUUCAACAUGCUGGACGAGUAUUUGAUAGCUAUGUUCGAUAGGGAAGGCAAGACGUGUAGGGUCAUUCGCUGCCCGGACAAUUGUGCUUCUCUUUUUGUUGGUCAAUCCCAAGGGUGCCUGCAUUGUGUGGGUUUACUUGUGGAACGGGAAGAAAGUUGUUUAAAAUGGGCUGGACUGUCCAUUUGGGUUCUUAAGGACUAUGAUACAGAAGAAUGGGUUCUAAAGCACAGGGUGAGCUUCUUGGAGCUGUUUGGACAAAUGAGUUGCCUGGAUGGUUAUAACAGCAAUGUCCUCACCAUCCAUCCAGAUCGUGAUUUGAUUUUCAUUCAUCAAAACAGCAACCAGAAGCUGAUAUCAUAUGACAUGGACAGUAAGGAAUUGCAUGCUUUCCACACUCUUGGAUGCGACUAUGUGUCUCUUACUCCAUAUGUUCCCAGUUUCUUGAAUUUGGUGCUUACAAAUGAGCAUUGAAAUGUUGCUUUUGAGGUGCUCAUGGGGAUGUUCUUCGGGAAAUUGAUCCCCAUUUAUGGAGAAGUUAGCAACCUGGGUGAAUGAAAUCUGUGAGAACUAGCUAAUACAUUGCCGGUGAUUUGGAAAUAUUCGCUCUCAGUUGAGAGACAUCUGUGUAAGGCAGUUUUACAUAUGCUAGUUACCUUAUUAAAUGAAGUUGUCCUGCUUGUGAUGAUUUAAAUUUAAGAGCUCCAUUUAUGUGUUUCAACUUUCAACUGCUAUCUUUUGUAAUGUCAGAAUUCUAAUCUUAUAUACUUUUUUUUUUGGGUUGGCCUUUCUA